AUGAAGGACGUUGAUCGCACCACGGGGCUCAUUAGCGAGGCUAUGCGGAGACUUUGCCCAGCAUUCGGGCACCGCGCCCAGCGCGAGUCAGGCGAUGAUGACCAACAGUUUGCACUGGCGGGAGCCGUCAUCACAAGUGCUCCCCAGUCACACUCCACGUCGUUCUCAGCACACUACUUACAAAUGACGCUUAACAACGAGAACGGCCCGUCCGCAAAGGUGCAUCUUUCUAGAGAGGACUACGGCCUGCUCGUUACCUGGAUGGAGAUACCUGAGAACUUUGCUGCAGCUCAUGGCACCAGCAAUAAGACCACUGUCUCGAGAGGGCCCCAGAAGACAAAGACGCAGGCUUUCAAUGAGCUGGCGGUGUAUUUAAACACACACAAGAAGACAUCUAAUCUUCCUACGCUUACGGGAGCAAACGUGCAGCAGCGCUGGCGAACAUACAAGACGAAGAAGCUCCAGCCAACACUAAAAAAGAGCCGCACGGAGACGGGCCUGGGGAUGCCCAAGAAGGAGAUGAGGCACGGCUUUUCAAUCCAAGGCAAGCUGGACAAGUUGUGCCCACACUUCGCGCGUAUGGAAAAACUGUUCGCUACGAAGGCUAAUGCUCGAGCUCCAGCAACAUUACAACUUGCCUCAACUCAAGUGGAAGUGACCCCAACGACCAAAACGACGAUCCCGAAGGACCCGCCGCUGGUGCCGCGGUAG